AGGCACGCAUCCGAGACUCAGGGUGUCGCGGUCUCUGUCGCGGUAUAUACAAGGAGCUAGAGGGACUCUAGCUACAGAGCUAUUAUACAGGUAACUAGCAGCUACCAUCGUCAUCUUCUAUAUCACAGAGCCUCUAAUCAUGGUAGAGCGACCAAAGGCUAACAUUAAGCUCUACAAAUCUGAGAGGCUUCAUGGUGGAUCGUAUAGAAAAAUUGGUGGAGCCAAGAAUGAUAGGCUACUCUUUGCUGCCAAAGCCAUCCUCCCCCCACUCUUUGACAGAACAACCACUUUUCUGCUUAAGAACUGCAAAGAAUGUCAUUUAAUUCUCCAGUUAAGGCACCACAAUGUAGCUCAGUACCUUGCUAUCUGCUACAGUCCCUACACACGACUGCCUGUUCUCCUCACGGGACUUUGCGAUGAAAGUGUUACAGCAUUCCUGGAGCGAUUCCCAGGACCACUGCCCUACCACAUUCGAGUAAACAUCUCCCACGACAUAGCACUGGCCCUGGCCUACCUACACAACAAAAGUCUCACCGACAGAGACCUAAGAGGAAAAAAUGUCAUGAUUAUGGCUGGCACUCGAGCCAAGAUCGCAGAUUUCAGGAUGUCUGGACUUCCCUUUACCCUCGACCAAUGCAAUAAGCAACCUAAAGUUGAAGAGACGAGCAUUCAGAAAGCGCUAUUCGAGGAAGAGUAUCAAGCUGGCACUCGAGCCAAGAUCGCAGAUUUCGGGAUGUCUGGACUUGCCUUUACCCUCGACCAAUGCAAUAAGCAACCUAAAGUUGAAGAGACGAGCAUUCAGAAAGCGCUAUUCGAGGAAGAAUAUCAAGCUGGCACUCGAGCCAAGAUC